UACAUAGCAGCUGCACAUCGCGGGGGCUGUUGCAGCCUAGUCCUUGUACAGUAUAGAGCUGCAUAUAUUCAACAGCGUUGCGAGGGUAAACGCUGUCGCUAUGCUCUUAUUAUUUGUAGCGGGCAUUGGGGUGGUUGCCGUUUUAUGCGUCCUGUUCGCACCUCACAUCAGGAGAUAUGCUGCUGGGGGAGUCUGUCUGUCUAAGGCCCGGCUCGACGGUAAGACGGUGCUUAUCACCGGAGCGAACACUGGAAUCGGGAAGGAAACCGCCUGCGAUCUGGCAGCACGUGGGGCACGGGUGAUCAUGGCGUGUCGGAACGUGGAGAAGGGGGAGGAGGCGGCGUUUGAGAUCCGCUCCAAAGUCAGCGGGGCGCAGGUGGAGGUGCGGGAGCUGGACCUGGCCGAUACCUGCUCCAUACGGGCCUUUGCACAGAGGUUCCUCAAAGAGGUGAACCAUCUGCACAUUCUCAUCAAUAACGCUGGAGUGAUGAUGUGCCCCUACACGAAGACCACAGACGGCUUUGAGAUGCAGAUCGGCGUAAAUCACUUGGGUCACUUCCUGUUGACGAAUCUCCUGAUUGGUCUGCUGAAACGCAGCGCACCUGCGCGCAUCGUGGUGGUCUCCUCUCUGGCGCACAACUUCGGCUGGAUCCGCUUCCACGACCUGCAGAGUUUGGGCAGUUACAACAGCGGCCUGGCCUACUGCCAGAGCAAGCUGGCCAACGUGCUGUUCACACGGGAACUAGCGCGCAAGCUCGAAGGCAGUGGAGUAACGGUGAACUCGGUCCACCCGGGCUCAGUGAAGUCGGAGCUGGCGCGCCACUCCACCACGAUGUCUCUGCUCUUCACGCUGUUCUCCGUCUUCCUGAAGACGCCGCGGGCGGGCGCGCAGACCUCGGUGUACUGCGCCGUCGCCGAGGAACUCCACUCCGUCUCGGGAAGACACUUCAGCGACUGUGCCCCGGCCUUCGUGGCCCCCCAAGGCAGGAGCGAGAAGACGGCAAAAACGCUGUGGGCCAUCAGCUGCGACCUGCUCGGCAUCGAGUGGGAAUGAGCGUUCCCCGCAGGGUCUGCCCGCCCGCACCCACCCACCCACCCACCCACUCCCAACCGUCGAAAUGUGCCAAGACGCUCCAUUUUCUCUCUCUCUCCGCGCUCGAACAAAAAACGAACAUUUCAUAGCCUUUUGAAGCGUUUCAUUCCAAGCUUCUCCUCCAGCGCUUUUGUAUUUCGAUAAAAUAACUGCCGUUUGUACACUUGAGCCUUGAGAGAGUCGGGCCAGUAAGUAGUGGCCUUUCCGGGGGUGUUCCAUAUCUCCUUUUUGGAGUGAACCGUUGAUCGUGGGUUUUCUCUGCAGUGCCAUACAGACCAUUCUGAAUCUGAUAUUUCUCAGAUUUCGUUAUUGCUUUGUGUUUUACCAGCUUUGUACAGUAUAUAAUUUCAUUCCAUUGUUGUCCUGCAGCUCGACUUUCAUCGUUCAUACUUUUUGGAUUUCGAUGAUGUAUUUUACAGGUCUUUUGCUACAUUUGUGUUCUUGCUGAGAGCGGACUAUUUUGAAAAACACAUGACAUAAAUAUAGCUCUUUUACUUGUU